AUGAUCUUCCAGGCUCGAGCUCGCUGUCCCUCCAUCUUCAAAUCGUCUUGGCCCAGAUCCGCAAUUACAACAACAUCAAUCCUGUCCGGCCACCGCAGAAACCCACACAAUACCCCACUCCUUUCUACAUCACAUUGGCUCCUCUCAACCGCCAAUGCCUCAAUGCACAAAGAUCUCCAGACGCCCCCCUUGGAAAGCCACUCUAAUUAUAGGCUCCAAGAGCGCGCCGAAAAAGCCCAAGAUUCUGAUGGGUUCCUGGGCCAAAACGGCACAACUGGUGGUUCGACCAAAAUCGAUCGGGAUGGAAGGAUCGCCCCCUCGUCUCACGAGGAAGCCGAGAGGCUCUUUAAUCAUCCUCUGGAGGACGGAAUCGUUGCAGAAGCAUUCAACAAUCAUGAAUAUUUAGACACCAAACGCAUCGUCGAUCCCACGCUCCAGACGCUCCAGAAGAUGGCCCGCGAGUGGACGCCCGACAAAUACCUGGCUCCUUCUACUUCCCUCGUUGCAACAUCGACCGGUGGCAAAUCGCGACUCUUGAAGGAGCUGUCGAGGCGCACAUGCGUCGUCUAUAUCUGUCUCCGGCCCAAAGACGCGACCGGUUAUCCGCCCCGAUCCGAAUAUCCUGCGGGCGUGCUUCUCGAUUCCAAGUGUCCAACCCUGCAAACUCGAUACGAAGAGCUGCUGUGUGCUAUCUUGCAUACUGUGGCCGAUUACUUUUCGGCUCAAGAACCGGGGAGUAGACAAGAAAGAUUGGAGCGAUGGAUGCUCCAUAGCUUUCCACAUGCCAAUCGAUCUGGCGACCCACCCUUUUGGACGGAGGUGGCGACGAAGAUGAACGAGAUCUCCAGCAGAUCGGCUCGUCUGACUGCCUACGAGAAGGAUGCCCAGCUUUGGGAGGCAUUAAACAGGAUGAAAGAGAGCACCCAGUUCAUUGGACAAGACGAUCUCCGAGUGCUCUUGGCGAUCGACGAAGCCAGCGAAUUGUUUGCGAGUUAUAGCUCUUCCCCAGAUCUGUCGUUCUUGAGCAUUUUCCAGGGGGCUCUUCAGAGGAUACCAUCCCAUUCGAGCGAGUUUUUCUCCAUCCUUGCAGAUACCAAAUCUCUUCUUUCAACUUUCCAUCCUACCUCACCCUAUUAUAUCAAUCAUCCCUAUUACAGGAUUGGCAAGCACAAGCACAAAAAGCUUUUCGAUCCCAUAUACGAAAUUCCUACCUUUGAUCUACACGUUACAGAUCCGCCCACAGAUCAACAACAGUUGCAAUCCGCAUUUAGGCUCUUAUCUUACGGCUCCCCCUUUUGGCGGGCGUAUGCCAAUGAAGCCAAGAGGAAGGGACUUGCGGACGAUGAGAUCAUCCAAGGCUUGACCCAAUACACUCUUCAAAAGCUUCUGUCCACGAGUGGCCAGUCGGUUCCAGCCGGCUCCCUGAGCGAUUCCCAAGUGUUUGGAUUGCUUGGGUCGACCAUACAGCCAUCAACCUUAGGAGCUUCAUAUCUGAAUGCCAAGCUCAUUUCAAGCCAUGGCGCGCAAUGUGUCCACCUCGACCCCUCUCAACUCGAGCUCAUCAGUGGAUAUCCCUCCCAAUUCAUCUUGUCUUCGGCAGCCAAUCAGUACCUGGCCUCUGAUGAAGCCAGGCUGAUCCGGUGCAUCCAAGUGCUUGCCUCUAUCAACCGCCAACGCUUGUUUGGUCUCAGCGAUGUUGAUAGACUAGUGAGCCGGAUCAUCCUGCUCCGGGCGAUGCAAAUCACCAUCCAAAACACACCACCACCACCACCACCCCCAGUUGUAGGGCCGGAUUCGGAGAGACUGAUCACCAUGCCAUUCGGCCAUUCAGUUCGAUUGGUAGACUUCUUACAGACUUUCACGGGCUGGGACCAAGAACACCUUGAGCUCGGUUCAAUCGACAAGGAGAAUAAAGAGAGACUCUUGGCUGAAGCACAUCUUUUCUGGAACCACUUCAUCUCCAUCGAUCACACACCAUCAUCAGCGGGCCUGUUACGCCAAUUAUAUCGAGGAUCGGCGGUCACUUGCAGACACCAUCAGCCUAGCUUUGAUCAACUCUUUACAAUCUACCUUCGCUCCGAGUCCGGCCCGACGACAGCUCUUAUCGGUGAGAAACAGAUCACGUUUGGCGCGGUUUGUGUGUCUAACUCGAGCGACGAUGAGUCGGUAGCUCAGGCUUCAUACCAAUGGACACCCGCCCAUGCGGGCAUUAAGCCGCAAGAACAUCGACACCCCUAUCUUGUCCUCAACUUCCGGCUCAAUGAGGCCAGCUCCUCAACCAAGCCUCCCAACUCCCCAUCCGCAUCAUCUCCUCAUAUCGUCCCUAUCCCAAACGGAAAAGCUUCCAAAAAUCAGGCCCGUAGACGCGCCGGUUUGGCGUUCUAUGGGCUCAAGGCGUUUCCCUUCCUGAACCAAGAUCUGCGCGAAGCGUUGCAGGAAUUGUUGGAUUCAGAGGCGUCCUUCCGGUCCCUUAUCUCAGAUAAUUCUUCUGAUCUUUAUCGGAAAUUCGUCCUGAAAACUUCUCCGGGAGUGUACCCUUCCUCUUCUUCAUCCAAGUAAACAUGUCCAAUAACCCUCAGCUAUGUAUUGCGUUAUACACCUUAUGUUUUCUACACACCAAAAUGCAAGAUGUAACAGAUCCUACAAAUCAUUUUACCCUAUCAGGUUUUUUUUUUCUUUUCGUUGCUUGUUUUCUGAUCCCGCUUUGAUCAACUUGCUAUUGCUAUUUGUUAUUUUUUUUUUUGGCGUUGAUUGUUAUUUCAGGCUGAGAAGUGAGAGAGAG